CCAAAAUAUUAUUACUUCGAGUACGUCGAAAUAUUAAAGACACGAAGACAUACAUUAAUUAAAAUACACAAUAGGCUAACAAUUUUUCCUAUCUUCAACUCUUGCCUAACCAGUACGGAUCAUUGCUCACUUAUUAGGUUAUAUAUAACCAAAAAUAAUUAGGAAAGCAUGGAACAUAUUGAAAUUUGCAAGAAUAUAAUUUAUCAUUUUAAAACUCUAUUAUCUUUGAUCUUCACUUGCUAAGGGGAAAAUGUUGCAGCAACCCUUGAGUAUUCGUUUGAUUCCGCCCAAGUGGCAAAGUCGAGGUUAUCCAUCACCUAAGCUUCCGAUUAUUCCGCGUCGGUUAUCAAGUGUUAAGUUAUCUACAACAAUGAACAAUUACAACACUUUUGCUUCGACCAACAAAAUUAGCGGUGGCAAAGGGAUGAAUUGGUUCCACGAAAUAAAACUAGAGGUUCGGGAUUAUGAAGUGGAUCGAUAUGGAGUCGUAAAAGAUUAUGUUUAUGCGAAUUAUUGUGAAUACGGUCAAUGUGAACUAUCCAAAAACAAGAUCGGAUUAGAUGGCGACAUAUUUGCUGUUACAGAAAUGUCAUUCAAAUGUAUCGCACCUUUAAGGAGUGGAGAUCAAUUUGUUUUGAUGGUGAAGUUAUAUGACUACUCUACCACUCGAUUUUACUUUGAAAAUCUCAUUUUCAAGCUACCGAACCUAAAGACGAGCUUUAAUGGAGAUGAAGAUACUAUAAGAACUAAGACCAUCUCCAAUGGAGAUGGGGGUGGGUAG